AUGCUAAUGCUAUACUUCCUCGGCUUCAGCCUCCUUUACAUCGUCUACGAGCGGUUGGCCCUCUCCCCUCUCAGCCGGGUCCCGGGACCGCCGCUCGCAGCGAUCACCCGGCUGGUGCUCAUGUACUACGAGUUCACGCGGCAGCGGCGGCGGUGGGUGCACGCCUUGCACAUGCGAUACGGGCCCGUCGUGCGGAUUGCUCCGAGCGAGGUAUCGUUCGCGACGUGGGAUGCGGUGAAGGAGAUAUAUAUUGUCGAUGGGAGCGGGUACGACAAGACGACUUUCUAUCGAAUGUUUGAUAACUAUGAGACGAUGUGCAUGUUCUCCACUAUUGAUAAAGUGCCGCAUGGAGAGAGAAAGAAGCGGUUCGCCGACCGCUACAACAAGUCAUACAUCAUGCAGCCAGAGACGAUGACUGGAAUACAGGAACGCGCAGAGCAGUUUGUGGAGAAGUGCACAGAAAAGCCUGGAGCCCCUGUCGACAUCUACAUCUAUCUACACUGCUACGCCCUCGAUUGCGUCACAUAUCACCUUUUUGAUCCCUUGGGAAUGCAGUCUCUCACCCAGGCCUCUGACCUUCUGCGAGUGAAGGAGCUCUCCUACCACGACAACAUGCCAGAGUCCUAUCUUGAACACUAUCUAGGUGACUUCCCACACAUCGCGCGCCUUUUCCGGCGGCAUGACCGCUCCAAGGUGCUCUCCACGCGUGUCCUGUCCAUCGCGCGGCGCUCCGACGUCGCUGCACACACAGUGCUCCACAAGCUGCAGCACCUGCGGGACCCGCCUCUCGACACCAAAAGCAUCGCGUCGGAGCUCAUGGACCACACCGUCGCGGGCAUCGACACGACGGGCGACGGACUUUGCUUCCUCAUGCACCACCUUUCGCUCCCUGCCACCGCCCCCGUCCAGGAGAAGCUCCGCCGCGAGCUCGCGGAGAACAUUGGAGUGCCCAUAGACGACCUGGCGUAUCUCGAUGCGGUGGUGAAGGAGAGCUUGCGGUGCUUCUCACCGCUCCCGAUGAGCCUCCCGAGGCGGGUGCCGAAGGGCGGGCGCACACUCGCGGGUGUGUUCCUUCCCGAGGACACCGUCGUCAGUGCGCAGGCAUACACGCUGCAUCGAUUCGAUACGACGGUGUUUCAUGACCCGGACGAGUUCAUCCCCGAACGGUGGCUCGAGCCUGAGGGGACAACGGAGCGGAACCAGCUGUUCUUCGCAUUCGGUGCGGGCGGAAGGGGGUGUAUUGGCAAGCAUUUAGCUUUGUUGGAGAUGAAGAUGCUCCUGCGGGAGGUGUAUUCGGCGUAUCGCACGAACGUCGCGCCGGAGAUGAAGGCAUCCAUGGAGCAGGACGACCAGUUUAUCUCUUCUCGGCCGAAGGACCAGACGUGCUUGGUUACGUUUGAGAAGGCCAUAUAG